AUGAAGCCUGUAGGAAUGAAGGGUUGUAACCGGUUAUGGGACCUGAAACAACAUGAGAGAAUACACACAGGGGAGAAGCCUUACCACUGCUCCCAGUGUGCACAGUGUUUCAGGCAGAAAGGAAGCCUGACCCAACACGAGAAAAUACACACAGGGGAGAAGCCUUACCACUGCUCCCAGUGUGGAAUUGGUUUUAAUCAGAAAUCACACCUAAAAGGUCAUGAGAUAAUACACACAGGGAAGAAGCCUUACCACUGCUCCCAGUGUGGAAAGAGUUUCAAACGGCCUUGGCAUCUGAAACAACAUGAGAGAAUACACACAGGGGAGAAGCCUUACCACUGCUUCCAGUGUGGACAGUGUUUCAAGCGGUCAGGGGAGCUGAAACAACAUGACAGAAUACACACAGGGGAGAAGCCUUACCACUGCUCCCAGUGUGGACAGUGUUUCAAGCGGUCAGGGGAGCUGAAACAGCAUGAGAAAAUACACACAGGGGAGAAGCCUUACCACUGCUCCCAGUGUGCACAGUGUUUCAGACAGAAAGGAAACCUGACCCAACACGAGAGAAUACACACAGGGGAGAAGCCUUACCACUGCUCCCAGUGUGGAAAGGGUUUCAAUCAGCCAGGGUAUCUGAAACGGCACGAGAGAAUACACACAGGGGAGAAGCCUUACCACUGCUCUCAGUGUGGAAAGUGUUUCAGCUGUUCAGGGGAGCUGAAACAACAUGAAAUAAUACACACAGGGGAGAAGCCUUACCACUGCUCCCAGUGUGGAAAGGGUUUCAAUCGGCCAGGGUAUCUGAAACUGCACGAGAGAAUACACACAGGGGAGAAGCCUUACCACUGCUCUCAGUGUGGAAAGUGUUUCGGCAGAUCAGGGGAGCUGAAACAACAUGAAAUAAUACACACAGUGGAAAAGCCUUACCACUGCUCCCAGUGUGGAAAGGGUUUCAAUCGGCCAGGGUAUCUGAAACUGCACGAGAGAAUACACACAGGGGAGAAGCCUUACCACUGCUCCAUGUGUGGAAAGAGUUUUAAUCAGAAAAGCAACCUGAACCAACACGAGAAAAUACACAGAGGGGAGAAGCCUUACCACUGCUCUCAGUGUGGAAAGUGUUUCGGCAGUUCAGGGGAGCUGAAACAACAUGGAAUAAUACACACAGUGGAGAAGCCUUACCACUGCUCCCAGUGUGGAAAGGGUUUCAAUCGGCCAGGGUAUCUGAAACUGCACGAGAGAAUACACACAGGGGAGAAGCCUUACCACUGCUCCAUGUGUGGAAAGAGUUUUAAUCAGAAAAGCAACCUGAACCAACACGAGAAAAUACACAGAGGGGAGAAGCCUUACCACUCCUCCCAGGGUGCAAAGUUUUUGCCCAUUGGAGAAGAGAAGAAAGGAUCAGAUUUGACUCAUCAAAGAGAAAGACCAGACUCAGAGGAACCAGAGCCAGGGACAUCCAAACCAGCAAGACGACACCAGUGCUCCCACUGUAGAAAGAGUUGUAACCGGUUAUGGAACCUGAAACAACAUGAGAGAAUACACACAGGGGAGAAGUCUUACCACUGCUCACAGUGUGGAAAGUGUUUCAACCUGUCAGGGGAGCUGAAACGACAUGAGAGAAUACACACAGGGGAGAAGCCUUACCACUGCUCCCAGUGUGGAAAGAGUUUCAAACAGUCGGGGGAGCUUAAACAACAUGAGAGAAUACACACAGGGGAGAAGCCUUACCACUGCUCCCAGUGUGGAAAGAGUUUCAAACAGCCAGGGCAUCUGAAAGGGCACGAGAGAAUACACACAGGGGAGAAGCCUUACCACUGCGCCCAGUGUGGAAAGUGUUUCAACCAGAAAGGACACCUGAACCAACACGAGAGAAUACACACAGGGGAGAAGCCUUACCACUGCGCCCAGUGUGGAAAGUGUUUCAAAAUGUCACUGGAGCUGAAACGACAUGAGAGAAUACACACAGGAGAGAAGCCUUACCACUGCUCCCAAUGUGGAACGUGUUUCAACCAGUCGGGGGAGCUGAAACAACAUGAGAGAAUACACACGGGGGAGAAGCCUUACCACUGCUCCCAGUGUGGAAAGUGUUUCAACCAGAAAGGACACCUGAACCAACACGAGAGAAUACACACAGGGGAGAAGCCUUACCACUGCUCCCAGUGUGGAAAGUGUUUCAAACAGCCGGGGCAUCUGAAACGGCACGAGAGAAUUCACACAGGGGAGAAGCCUUACCACUGCUCCCAGUGUGGAAAGUGUUUCAACCAGUCAGGGGAGCUGAAAGGACAUGAGAGAAUACACACAGGAGAGAAGCCUUACCACUGCUCCCAGUGUGGAAAGAGUUUCAAACAGCCAGGGCAUCUGAAAGGGCACGAGAGAAUACACACAGGGGAGAAGCCUUACCACUGCUCCCAAUGUGGAAAGUGUUUCAAACGGCCAGGGCAUCUGAAACAGCAUGAGAGAAUACACACAGGGGAGAAGCCUUACCACUCCUCCCAGGGACACCACUGCUCCCACUGUGGAAAGGGUUUUAAACAGUUACGGGACCUGAAACAACAUGAGAGAAUACAUACAGGAGAAAAGCCGUACCACUGCGCCCAGUGUGGAAAGAAUUUUAACCACAAAGGAUACCUGAAACAACAUGAGAGAAUACAUAUAGGAGAAAAGCCAUACCACUGCUCCCAGUGUGGAAAGAGCUAUAACCAGAGAGGAUACCUGAAAAAACAUGAGAGAAUACAUGCAGGGAGUUUCAACCAGAAAGGACACCUGAUCCAACAUGACAGAAUACACCCAUGUGUGAAGCCAUACCACUGCUCACAGUGUGCAAAGAGUUUUACAAGGUUAGGGGGCCUGAAAAUUCAUGAGACAAUACAUACAGGAGAAAAGCCGUACCACUGCUCCCAGUGUGGAAAGGGUUGUAACCACUUAAGUGGCCUGAAAAGACAUGAGAGAAUACACACAGGGGAGAAGCCUUACCACUGCUCCCAGUGUGAAAAGAGUUUUAAGGAGUUGGGUAACCUGAGAAGACAUGUGAUAAACCACACAGGAGGUAAGGGUGUAGGCUGUUGA